CUUUUCUUAUUUUCUCGAGAAAAUAUUCACAAAGUGAUCGAUCAAAUAUGGGUGGUGCAAUUGUUGAUACAGGAAAUAAUAAUGGAAAACAAUAUCCUGGAAAACUCACAUGUAAAGUUCUUUGGACUUGUAUUGUUGCAGCUUCAGGGGGUUUAAUUUUUGGUUAUGAUCUUGGAAUUUCAGGUGGAGUGACUUCUAUGGAUUCAUUCUUAAAGCAAUUCUUUCCAUCUGUGUACGCCAAAGAAAGCUCAGUAACUUUAUCAGACGAUCAAUACUGUAAAUUUGAUAGUCAAAUCCUAACAUUGUUCACAUCAUCACUAUACGUAGCUGCAUUGGUGUCUUCCAUUGGAGCUUCAAAGAUAACUAGAUUGUUAGGAAGAAGAGUGACUAUGCUUUGGGGUGGUAUUCUGUUUCUGUGUGGAGCAGUUCUCAAUGCAUCUGCUCAAAAUGUUUGGAUGCUUAUUGUGGGUCGUCUAUUUUUGGGAUUCGGUAUUGGAUGCGCUAAUCAGUCUGUGCCAAUUUACGUUUCAGAAAUGGCACCAUCCAAAUACCGUGGAGCUCUAAACAUGCUAUUCCAACUCACAAUUACUAUUGGAAUCCUCAUUGCCAAUUUACUCAAUUACUUCUUUGCAAAGAUCGAAGGUGGUUGGGGAUGGAGACUCAGUUUAGGUGGAGCCGCCGUACCAGCUCUACUAAUAAUCGCCGGAAGCCUAACCCUACCCGACACCCCAAACUCGCUAAUUGAGCGAGGCAAAAACGAAGAAGCCAAAGAUCAACUCAAAAAAAUUAGAGGUGUACCCAAUGUGGAUGAAGAGUACAAUGACUUAGUCAACGCAAGCGAAGUUUCCAAACAAGUCAAACAUCCAUGGCGAACUCUGUUGACCAAAAAAUACAGACCACAAUUAGUCUUCGCUAUCGGAAUCCCAGCCUUCCAACAACUCACCGGAAUGAAUGUGAUUACAUUCUACGCGCCUGUCCUUUUCAAGACUAUUGGGUUUGGAAGCAGUGCUUCGCUCAUGUCAGCGGUGAUUACAGGUGUAGUCAACGUUAUUGCUACUUUCGUCUCAAUCUUAACCGUUGAUAAAUUUGGAAGAAGAACUCUUUUCUUGGAAGGUGGAAUUCAAAUGUUCAUUUGCCAAGCAAUCAUUACAAUUGCCAUAGCAUUGAAAUUUGGGGUUAGUGGGAAUCCUGGGGUUCUUCCAACUUGGUAUGCAUAUGGAUUGGUGUUCUUCAUAUGUGUCUACGUGGCGGGUUUCGCUUGGUCGUGGGGUCCGUUAGGGUGGUUAGUACCUAGUGAAAUAUUCCCACUCGAGGUUCGAUCGGCUGCUCAGAGUGUUAACGUGUCAGUUAAUAUGAUCUUCACUUUCGCCAUUGCUCAAGUCUUUACAGCUAUGCUUUGCCACCUUAAGUUCGGACUGUUUAUAUUUUUCGCCAUUUUUGUCAUCAUUAUGACUGUGUUUAUAUACAAGUUGCUUCCUGAAACUAAGGGAGUUCCUAUUGAAGAAAUGGCUGUGGUUUGGCGUGAACAUCCUUACUGGAAACUUUAUGUUGAGGAGGAAGAAGUUCAAGUUGUUCCCCAAAGUUUGGAGAUGGUUUAGUUUAAUUAAUUAACCAUUUUAGUGCUUAAUUAAUUUGUUAGAUUUUGUUGAUAUGAACAAUUUUUAUGUUUACCUUAGAUUUUUUAGAAAAUUAUAUAUUUUAUUAUAGGGUAUUUUUUUAGAGAUUAUUAUAUAUUAAUUAAUUAUACAGUUUUCUUUUUUUGGAAUAAUAUUAAUUUUACAAAUUAAUCGUUAAUUUAAUAAAUAAACUGUUUUCUUUUAUAUAUUUAUCCUUACAUUUCUUGGAUUCAAGACCUCAAUAACUUUAAAAUAUUAAAAUCCAAAGAAAAUGUUAAUUAAACAAAUAAAAAGGGUGAUGUCAAUUUUAUGUAUGCUAAAAUUUUAAUAUAUUUUGUGGUGUGGUAACUAUAUAGUUUUCAAAUUAAUAUUCACUAUAAUAUCUAAGCAUGAGAAUUUUAGUAAGAUUAAUUUGAGACGGUAAUUAAAUGAAUUUAUUCACUUCAAAUCUCAAAGCCUCAAACUAUAUUGCAUAACAGUAAAUCAGGGCCGGCCAGAGGGUAGGGCAGCCGGGGCCUCGGCCCCAGGCCCCACAAUUUUAGAGGCCCCGAAAAAAUUAAAAUUGAUAUAUAUACAUAUAAAAAUAAAAAAACAUAUAAUAUAUUAAUACUUAACUCAAUAAGUUACAUGAAAAAUGUAUGGCAUAAUUGGUAAUCGGGGCUUUUGUUGGCAUUGGAGGUUGUGGGUUCGAUCCCUACUUCAGUCAUUUUUUAGACUACUUAUUUGUUAAAUGUACAUAAAUAAAUAACGUAUAAAAAAUAUAUUGAAGUAAUUUAUAAUUUUUAAAAUAUUUUAACAUAUUAUUAAUAAUAAAUAAAAUGUAUAUUUAUUAUUUUUUUUUUAAAUAUAUAUAAUUUAAACACAUUAUUUUUUUUUCUUUCAAAUGUGUAAAAGUAUAUAACACUUUAAUAAAUAUGCUCUUAAUAAUUAAAUAUUACUUGAUUGAGUUAUAGUUUACGUUAAAUAAAAAAAUUAAAAUUGAUAUUGUGUCAAAUUUUAAUUAAAAUUUAUUUUAAAUUUUUAUAUAAAAAAGGCCUCAUUUCAAAUUUCGCCCUAGGUCUUUCAUCACCUUAAGACGGGUCUGCAGUAAAUUAUAUAUAUGAAAAACAUAAAUUUCAUGUUUACAAUACCAAUUACAAGAGUAGUCAUAUUCGUUUUGUUGUGGAAGCAAAGAGUAAGUAGUACUACUAAUUAAUUUUGACAUUUUAUACAAACAAAUUAAUAGUAGUACUACUUACUCUUUACAUAAAUAUUUGAUGAAAAGGAGAUUACAUUAAUAGUGGCAGCAUUAGCUUAAAAAGUCACAACACAACAUCGAAAACCAAAAAGAAGCCAAAUAAAAGACACACCAACAAAUGUAUAUUUAUUAGGGAGAAAAAGACAUAUUAAUGAGAGAGAAUAUUUUUUUUUUCUUAAAAGAAAAAGAUAAAUAUGUAUUUGAGUGCCUCUUUUUUUUUUUUUUUCCUUCGGCUAAGGUUUGGAUCCUUAUGAUUACACACAAUGUGCUGAAAAUACAAAACUUCAAUUAGAAAAAUGUGUAUAUGGGUCCCAUAUAUAUUAAGAAAAAAUUGAUAAUAGACUAAUAAAGGGUAAAAAUUAUUAAAAGCUGUUAAAAGAGUGAAUGAGGGUAUUAAUGUUAAAUGAUUUGGCUUGUGAUCAGGGCCGGGCCCUGGGCGGGCUAGGCCUGUGCCUAGGGCCCACCUAGUACAGGGGUCCUAA